GCCGCUCCCGGGUCCAGCAGCAGCAGCAGCAGCAAGAACAACAACAGCGCGGCCAGAGAGGGUUAAAAGCUCAUUAUUAACACCAGUAAUUAAUUCCGCACUAUCCAUUGACCCUCCCGCCUUGUUGCUCCCGUGGAUUGAUACCACCAUGGCCAUGACUGAAACCCCAACCGACUUCACUUACUCCAAGAUGAGAGGCAUCGUGGUCUUCCUGUCUGCUUUCAUAAAACAACGGAAAAUGGGCUUGAAUGACUUCAUUCAGAAGUUGGUAUCCAACCCUCAGAUCUGCCAGCACCCAGAUGUUUGUGUUUUCUUGCAAAUUGACCAAAACCAACCACAGGAAACUGAAACCUAUUCAGAUUCAAAUAUUGAUUCAGCAGAAUUUGACCUUCCUACAUCAAACAGUGCGAAACCAUCAGACUUUGACUACCUUCAAAUAAUUGGGAAAGGAAGUUUUGGAAAGGUCCUUCUUGCCAAGCAUAAAGAAACAGAAAACUAUUUUGCUGUAAAGGUUCUGCAGAAGAAGAUGAUCCUGAAGAAAAAGGAGCAAAAGCAUAUCAUGGCAGAGCGCAGUGUACUCUUGAAAAACAUCAAGCACCCUUUCCUGGUGGGGCUUCACUACUCCUUCCAGACCACAGACAAGCUCUUCUUUGUCCUGGACUAUGUGAACGGCGGGGAAUUGUUUUACCACCUUCAGCGGGAGCGCGUGUUCCUGGAGCCUCGAGCUAGGUUCUAUGCUGCUGAGAUUGCCAGUGCCCUGGGUUAUCUGCAUGCCUUGCACAUUGUUUACAGAGACUUGAAACCCGAGAACAUUCUGCUGGAUUCUCAAGGCCACAUUGUGCUAACGGACUUCGGGCUCUGCAAAGAAGGGGUGAAACCAGACGGGACCACCUCCACCUUUUGUGGCACGCCGGAGUAUUUGGCUCCUGAAGUAUUACAGAAGCAAGCGUAUGAUCGGGCAGUUGAUUGGUGGUGCCUGGGAUCUGUGCUCUAUGAAAUGUUGAAUGGACUGCCUCCAUUUUACAGUCGGAACAUGGCUGAAAUGUAUAACAACAUCCUGCACAAGCCACUGGUCCUGAAACCCAACGUGUCGAACUCUGCCCAAGAUCUCCUGCAGGGUCUGCUGCAAAAGGACCGGCUACAACGACUGGGGGCCAAGGAUGACUUUCUGGAGUUGAAGUUCCAUUCGUUCUUUUCAACAAUUAACUGGGACGAUCUCAUGGCCAGGAAGAUCUCUCCUCCAUUUGUACCAACAGUGACUGGACCCACUGACCUGCGACACUUCGACACUGAGUUUACUCAGCAACCAGUUCCAAACUCUGUUGCAAACUCCCCUGAAGAUUUUCCAAUUACAGCCAGUAUACAAGAGGCUGCUGAAGCUUUCCUUGGCUUCUCAUAUGCACCCCCUGAUACUUGUAUAUAAUGCCAUACAAUUUUGUACUCUAUUCAAACAACACUGGACAGCUGAGGUUCCAGCCUGCACAUUGGUGCACCUUAUUCUUCAUGCACAAGUUGCUCCAUCCAUGAUGAGAUCUUCUUAUGAGGAAGGCACAUUCCCCUGGAAGUUGCGAGAGAACAUCUAAAGAUCCAGGUCGACUCUAAAAUGUUAAUUUUUGUUUGUCGGCUUUUCCAUACUUUUCAGUAAGGUCUUGUGGCAGACUCAAAUCUAAUGUUAACCAACUAAACCUCGACCUCGUUCUUCAGAGCCAAUCCUGACUGUAUUAAACAAUCUCCAGCAACUCUACUCAGUUUUAACAACUCUGGUUUUAAGAACAAAUUUCUAUGAAAACAAACAUGUACAUCAAUAGUUGAGAUGUUGCUCCUGUGAAGUGAUUUCUGGCAUGGAGAGUAAACUAUGCUGCUAUUUAUCAAGAACUUGGAGGUGAUUCGGACAUCUGCCCGAUACAGAUCAAAUCUUCAAAUAUCUGAAAUUGCCAAAGUACUACAUUCCAUGCAAGGUCUGAACUGUCAAGGUCUCCAGUGAUUAAGGGUCAUACAGUUGGGACCAUUAGGGACAUGAAUCUUUUUUCCAGCAGUUAGUUUCUGAAUAUAUUUUCCUAUUGUGGCAUAGUAUUAACUGAAGAUGUUUGUCUUCAUUUUAACCGAGCAAAUAAAUGGAUUUCCAACCCAGCUUUCAAUGUGAGUUCUUAGUCCCAGACCAAUUAGUUUCUGCAUCAAAGUUGAACGCACCUGUUCUUCAGAUGAGAUAUUGUGAAUGAAUUGUCGUCAAUUAAUUUUAAAUUAAAAUUUGAAGGCCAAGUAUGAUGUAGAGGCUUUAACUGCAUGACUGACAACGGUUUGAUUGAUCGGAAUGGCUGGUUAUGUUUCUGGGAGGAAAGACUUGGAUGGUUAUUGCAUUUUCUUCACUUGGAACUUUGAACUGGAGCAAGUCAGCAUUUUGGGGUUGGAUAGUUCUUUGCAUAGUGAAGGGCAGAGGUAUUGAAGAUGCUGGAAAUUGAGUUUUUUAUUAAAAACUGCUCAGAAUUAAUCAGGUUAGGCAGCAUCUGAUAUACAGUGAAAUUGAAGUCUUGUUCCAUCAGAAGCCACUAAAUGUGAUAAAAUGAAAUGUGUAUUUAGUACCAGUUGAUACACUCCUGUGUGAGAUAGAAGUGAUAUUAUCCCAGGCAUCUACAGGCAUAUCAGCCAAUACUGCUCGGUUAGAAAAUUCAGUGCACAAUGUUAGAUAACUGAAUUGAUAUUUCUUUCAUAUUUGGAAGAUUGUAUUUCUAUUUACACAUUUUAGACGGAUGUUUAAAGGGCACGGUGCAGAUCUUUAGUUUUAAAAAAAAAACUAUUUUGUAAUCUCAGAUGUACUGAAUUUGACAGGAAUGUACAGUAAAUGUCACAUGCUGCUUCAGUUACAUUGUCAAUGUGUUACAAAGUGGAAAGUUUAAGAAUGGUUUCAGUUAUAGCUGGAAUUUUGUUCAUGCAGUAAUAUGCAUGACUUAUUAAAGAAUAUCGAUGAAGCC